AUGGCGAGCAAUUUCUUGAAACAAAUCACAAAAUUAUCACUACAAUUGACUGAUUAUAAAGGAGCACUCGGAUCGAUUCGGGAGGAAAUUGAGAAAUUCGCCGAAAUUCGGGAAUAUCCACGUAUUGGCCAACUCGGAAUCGGUCUUGUUAUAGUGAAUUUGGCUCUGGAAGAUUCAGUGGCGGCUCUCAAAGAUUAUGGAUGGGUUAUUUGUCAAUCUCCGGAUUUUCAAACAUCAGAAGAUGGACGUGUAUGUGAGAAUCUUAUCGGAUUCUAUGAGGCUGGCGAUGAUGAAAGUUUCCAGAAUGUACUGAAAUGUGGAGCCCUACGGUCUAUGGACAAUGAGUAUCUCCGAGUGAUGAAAAUUCUAAAAGCACCGUCUGGAAAUGCGGGACUCGGUGACGGACAAGAAGAUGACGAUGAUGAAGGAUUAUGUUGA